AUGGCCAAGGGCGAAGAUUCCUCGUCGGCGCUACACAGUAGCAAGAAGAAGCGCAUCGACGACGAUACAAUGGCUCCUGAUGUUGGUCAGAAACCAAUCCAGUUACAACGGAGACGGGUGUGGAGGGCAUGCGAAAGUUGCCGGCGUAAGAAGAUUAAAUGUGACGGAUGCGAACCUACUUGCUCCCAGUGCUCCAUGUCCGGCUCCCAGUGCACUUGGCUACAGACAAAAGACAGGGCUGCUCUAAGUCGGCAUUAUGUGCAAGAACUUGAAGCUCGACUCCUUCACAUGGAGUCCUUAUUCUCGCAGAUUGCGCCUGUUCUUGAACAGAUUGGCCCCUCCGCCAACAACAUUGUUGCUUCAUCCGUAGCGGCCGGCGCCGCCACCAUCGUAUCAGAAAUGCCAGCGCCACCUAUCUCCAACCUCCCCUCCUCUGUACCAAAAGUUCCCUCUUCAGAGCCUGACAGCAAUCCCAGUCUAGACGAUGAUUUCAGCGAAUCGUUUGGUCAAUUGGCUCUGGAUGAGUAUGGCCACGCGCGAUGGAUCGGCAGUUCAUCGACCAUGUCUCUCAUUCAGUCAUUCAGAGCUUUGACCACAUCUCCCCUACAUAGGGUAUCACCCAUGGAGGAGGAUCCACAUGCCCCUGGACCCAGCGUCAACAAACUGUACUUCCCAGCGGCCGUCUUUUUUGGCAAGAUACAUGCACUUCCUGGUCCAGAGGAGGUAGAGUAUCCAGAGCGUGACCUUGCAGAUAAGCUGGUCCAAGCUUAUUUCGCUCGAUUCCAUUUCCUGAUGCCCGUUAUCGACAAACCAUCAUUUCUCCGGCGUUACGAGAAUAUCAUGGACAACACUCACGAUCAUGUUCUUGCUCGGAAUGAAACCGCGUUUCUCUCUCUGGUUUUCGCUGUGUUCGCUUGUGGUGCUCAUCUGGUCAAUGACCCACGUUUGACUACAUCGGAGCGUAACGAUGAUGGUGGAAUGGGCAUGGUCUACUAUGAGCGUGCUCUAAUGCUUCAGUACAUUAGCCAUGCCAGCAUACAAGUUGAGCAUGUGCAAUGUUUCAUUUUAAUGUCUUCAUUCCUAUGCUCUGUCAACUGCCUUCCACAAGCAUGGUUACUUGUUGGGCAAGCCGUUCGAGCUGGCCAAGAUUUAGGACUCCACCGUUCGCCACGUCGACUCACCAUCACUUCAAUCGAGAAAGAAGCUCGAAGAAAGAUUUGGUGGGGUGUCUACACUCUGGAUCGCAUGCUUGCCCUUGCCUUAGGUCGUCCGCUGGGCAUCAAUGAUUCGGACUGCGAUGUCGAACUCCCCAUCGAUGUAGACGAUGAACAUCUACCCGAAUACUUCUCGAUCGCAGGAGCGACAAUGCCUCGACGGCAGUUUUCCCUGAUGACAGGAUCGAUCUCCCUGAUCAAGUUGUACGAGAUAGGGGGUCGCGUCCUCAGACAGGUUUAUGCUCUGGAAAUUUGCAAAGAUCAACUCGAACCUGAGCGGAAGGUUGAGUUGCAACGCAUGGUUGAAUCUCUGGACAACGAACUGACCAGGUGGUGCGACGAGCUCCCAGCUGUUUUCAAGUCACAACCCGAAACAGAUGAACAAGUUUCUAUGGGCGCGGUCCUGUGCAGUCAUUAUUAUUCCGUUUUAACAACCCUUCACCGGAAUCUCCUACCUGUCAAACGAGAUCAGCCUGUGACAGCGAAAUCGACGAUGAAGGCAGUUUCGUCCGCUCGCUCGUGCAUUCGACUUGCCCCUUCCAUGAAACACGUUGUGCCUCCCUCUCACCACCUUGCCUUCUUUAUUCAACACCUUUUCAGCUCCGCUGUGAUUGUGCUUUUGUAUGCAAUGCAUUCCCCAGAACCUCGUGCUGCAUCCGCUGCUAUGGAAGAAGCCAAAAGCACCCUUGCUGCACUUGAAUCGUGGGAGGGUCAGUGGCCAGGUGCACGCAAGUGCAAAGAGCUGCUCAUUGAACUUAUCAAUACUGCCAGCCAGGCUAUAAAGCAAGGUGCCGAGGGCAAGCCAUCUGGGCCGCCUCCUCAACUUUCUACUGUUGCGCCAUCUGCAAUAGCUCCUCUUCGGUCAGAACGUCGGCGGUCUGUGACGAUUGCGACGUCAGCAGUCGGUUCUUCAACCUCUAACCGUGUCACGAAAGGGAGAUCGAGGAGAAAUCAGUCACGUGAUCCAAGCACCUCGACUUCUUCUCGUAGAUUGGCUGCUGUAUCACCAUAUCGUACCGAUUCUCAACGAGCAAGGUCCACUUCACGGAAGAGAGGAUACGACGAGCCUGAGGGCGUUGAACGUCCAGUAGCCCCUUUUUAUCAGUCCUUUUCCAGUCCAACAUCAGCUCGUGGUGGGUCCAGUCCCCACAGCUCACCUGCUUCUGUGAAUCUUCCGUCGCCUGCUAUGCCAGCCCUCGAUCAACCCCAGGAAUCCAGCCCUCGACUUGCCCCAGGAAGCAACUACGCAUUUGCCACACCUAUGUCUCCAGGACACGCACCAUCACCUUCGGGCUAUGAGUUCGACUACAAUAUGCAGCCCCAUACACUUACGCAGUCCAACCUCCAUCAAUGGAAUGGUAAUGGCGAGCACGGCGGAAUGGAUGUUUAUUCUCCGACAUCGCAAGACACCGCAAUGUACAACAACCCCUAUGGAGCAUAUAACUCGUUGGAAGGUGGUUACAGUGGUUAUGAUCCUACAACGGAGUUGAGUGGGACUAUAUCUGGUCUAUCGACGACCCCACCGUCUGCUUCCUUCGCUGCGCCCGGCCUUCCAUUCCGCGGGCUGGACUACAUUAGGAAUUAUAACCCAGGAGGAUAUACCACAAGUGAUCAGGACUCAUUGUGGCACAGUUAUGAUCCAGGCGCAUUUGGAUACGACCCAGACCUGCCUUUUACCCUCGGGGACAUAUCAUCCGAAGCUCACGACGGCAAUCGUUGAGGACUUUUAUUUCUUUAGAAGAUUGUACCCUUUGCUUUGUAUCAAUAUGCCCAUGACUUCUCUGUACUUUUAUCUUAGCCCCUAUACUAGUACUUCCUCAGUGGAUGUCAGAAAAGAUCUCGUUUUACGGAAUACUUUAAUUUGACGGGGUUGUAUUAGACGCAUCAUUACACGGUCCGGCUAUCGUUAAUUGCCGCCUUC